GCGGGCGGCCCCGGCGGCCCAGGCGCGGAGGGGGAGACGGUCCCAAGAUGGCGGCGCUGCAGGCGGAGCGCGGGUACGGGCUGUCCUGCGGCCGCCUCGGCCGCGGCACCCGCGUCUCCGUCUUCCACGUCAAGCUCACGGAGAGCGCCCUGCGCGCCUUUGAGAGCUACCAGGCCUGUAAGGAUGCUGUGACGUCAAAACCAGUCAUCCAAUUUCAAGGAAGCCAAGGGCACAUCGCCAUCCCGAGGCCCGACCGACCGGCGGAGGUGCGGACCUUCACCUUUUAUCUCUCCAAUAUUGGCAAGGACAGCCCUCAGGGGAGCUUUGACUGCAUCCAGCAGUAUGUGUCCAGCAAUGGCAAUAUCCAUUUGGAUUGCCUGGGAAGCAUACAGGAUAAAAUCACCGUGUGUGCUACUGAUGAUUCCUACCAGAAGGCGAGGCAGAGCAUGGCACAGGCAGAGGAGGAGACUCGCAGCCGGAGCGCCAUAGUCAUUAAACCUGGGGGGAGAUACGUAGGCAAAAAGGUUCAGGUGCGUAAACCUGCACCAGGAGCUUCCGAUGCUGUUCCCUCCAGGAAGCGCCCAACGCCCGUCAACCUUGCCAGUGCAAUAAAGAGAGGCAAUAGUGCGAUUUCCCAGAGACCCUUCAAAGAUAGGGUUGUGCACUUACUGGCACUAAAGCCUUAUAAGAAACCUGAACUUAUUCUCAGAUUGCAGAAGGAUGGACUUUCUCAGCAGGACAAGGAUUUGCUGGAUAACCUUCUGCAACAGGUGGCAAAUCUGAGUGCCAAGGACAGCACUUUCACACUGAAAGAUUGUGUAUACAAAGAGGUGCAGAAGGACUGGCCUGGCUACUCAGAAGGAGAUCAGCAGUUGUUGAAGAGGAUCCUCGUUAGGAAGCUGUGCCAGCCCCAGAACAGCGGCGCUUUCCAGGGAGAAGCUCCUUCCCUGAGCCCUCCGAAGGACACCCUCAGCUCCAGCUCUCCCCCUCAGAAACGAUCCCAACCUCCGGAGUUCAUCGACCCCUUGGCCAACAAAAAGCCCAGGAUCUCCCACCUGGCUCACAGAACCCAACCCACCCUCAACGGGAAGCUGAACUCGUCCAACGGGAAGGACAGCCUGGCUCCCCCCGCCCUGCCCGCAGCCCUGCCCCCGGCCCUGCCCCCGGAGCCGGUGGGCUCCAGCUCCUCCCUGCCGGCCCUGGAGCUGCCCAGGCCCCACGAUCCCCUGUCGGAUGUCAGCAACGACCUGACUCACAACGGCAGAGACUGUGAGAGCACCACGGAGCCUCCCGACAGACUGAGUCACCCCCUGCCCACAGACUGUGCCCAGAGCAGCAAACACAACUGCGGCUCCUACGUCAAAUCCAAGAAAAAAUCCAAAAAGCACAAAGACAAGGAGAAGGAGAGGAAGGAGAAGAAGGGCGAGGAGAAGUGCAAAGAGGAGAAGCAGAACUGUGAAGUAAUAAAAAAUGCUGACUUAGUUAGUGUUCCCCAGGAACAGGUCCCAGGUUUAAAUGGAACAUGCAAUAAUUCUAGUGUACCAACAUCAACUUCAGAAAUGCCAGAUUAUUUAUUAAAAUACGCAGCCAUCUCCUCCUCGGAGCAGCGCCAGAGCUACAAGAACGACUUCAACGCGGAAUACAACGAGUACCGGGACCUGCACGCCCGGAUAGAGCGGAUAACCCGACGGUUCACCCAGCUGGACGCCAAGCUGAAGCAGCUCUUGCAGGGCUCUGAGGAGUACAAGACCAUCCACGAUCAAAUUUUACAGGAAUAUCGGAAAAUUAAAAAGACAAACCCCAAUUACAGCCAAGAGAAGAACCGCUGCGAAUACCUCCACAACAAACUGGCCCACAUCAAAAAACUGAUAGCAGAGUACGACCAGCAGCAGUUUUAGCUGCCACUCACCCCUGGACUGGGUAGGGCAAACCAAAAUCCAGUCACCCUGGACGUUACGUUCCCUUUUGUACACCCAAAAUCCCUUUCAGAGACGAGCAUUAAUUCCUCGUGGUUGAAGAACUUGGGGAUGACUUUAAGAUGCCACAUCUGUCAUGUCCACGUCCAGCACGCUCCUCCCGAGUUUUUAAGCCUCUCUGAAUGUUGGAAUGUAACAAAUGGAUAACAAAACAAACAAAAAAAAAACCACAAACAAACAAAAAAAAAAAAUUCUGCUUAUUCGAAGCCAGCGUUUGACACUUAAGGGAAAACUUGCCUAAAGUGACCGAAGCUCCCAAAGGUUAAGAAUCCUGUAGUUUUCAUGGAUUAAAAGGUUUGGCAUGAAGUUGUAAUUCCCCCUGGCCCAGCUCCACGUGGGUUACGAAUUGUCCUACAAAUGGUGAGGAACUGGAAUUGCUGCUAGGACUGUUUGCAAUGAGAGCUGUCUGUGGAAAUACACCACGUUCCCUGAGCGCU